UGUUAAAACAGACUUGAGUUCGUACGACGGAAAAAGACCAUGGUGAUCUCCAGGACAAGCAUGAUAUAACAUAAAUACGAAUAGCAUAAUUGGUAGGAUAAGCAGACGUCUUUUUAUUUGUAACUAUACUGUUUUGUAUUUACGAGUAUUCUCGACUUUUACCAAAACAUUGUUUAUGAGUGAGCAGUAUUAUUUACAGAUAUUUUAACAAAAAUGAACGAGACACAGCAGAUGGGAUCAUGGCACAAUCACCCUGCUAUUUUGUCGACGCGUUACAUUAUCGGCAUCGUGGGUAUACUAGCAAACCUUCUCGUCGUUGUAGUAUUCAACUUAAAGAAAAUUCACAAGAAAUCAUCUACACAUUUGCUGAUAUACCACCAGUCUUGGGUGGAUAUGUCUGGUUGCCUUGCUUUUGUCAUUUAUUAUACAGUGGACCCUCCAGACGGUGAAGGCGGCGACGUUUUCUGUAAAACACGAGCGAUAUUCUGGCAUCUUUUGUACGUUUCGACAAACAACUUAGUAUUGGUGACGAUUGAGAGGUAUGUCGCCGUACUGCACUCAAAUUGGUAUAGAGUGAAGUUCAGUCGACGCCGAAGAAAAGAAAUCGUAUUGUUUCUCCCUCAUGUAAUUGCACUGAUAAUGUCUGCGUACCUGGUAGUAGCCGCGCAGGUUGACGAUGAAAGACCGUGGCUUUGUGAGUACAACGUAAGCAACGAAUCUCUCCAAAUAUUAUCUGGUGUAAUCGUGUUUCUUAUUUGCUUUCUCAUACCAACCACAAUAAUGAUAUUCUGCUACGCACGCAUUUUUAAGGCGAUCAGAAGUAGAGCGCAAGGUAAUACUGCACAGUCGCUGCCACAUAGGCCCAGUGUAUCCAACAGCAGUCAGUCCAGCAGAAUGUCCAGUGGGCUGUCCUCUAGCACAGCGUCCAGCGGGGUGUCCUCCGCAGGGACAAUGUCCAGCGGGGUGUCCGCCUCCGGCACAAUGUCAAGCGGGACGUACACCAGCACAACGUGUGGCGGGCUGUCCUCCAGCAGGAUGUCUACCAGAAGACCGUCCGAUUUCAAUUCUGGCAAUCCUCGAAGCCGGCUGUACACUACAGCACAGAAAAAUCUUAUUAUUACUUUGUUCUGCGUUUUUAUUUCGUUUCUCAUUUGUAUCACACCGAAUUUUACGUUGUACUUGGUGCACGCGAUAUGUAAUUGUUUUCAUUACCAUUCGUAUCCACUGCACGAGAUAACAGUAACGCUCCUCGCUGUCAACCUAUGCGUUAACCCUUUCAUUUAUGCGUUCAAGUUCAACGAUUUUAAACAUGGUUUUACCUUGCCGUUCCAGACAUACGUUGAACAGAGAUCAGUGGUACUGAGGCGGACCCUGAGAUCACACCACGAAACUUAUGAAGUUGCACGAAAUAGGCCUAAUUCAGUUAUACAGGAAAACGGACAAGUUGAAGUAACUGAGUUUCAACGCUGUGGACAUGUAACAGAUUUGAAAUAAAAAUCUGCUGUUAUAUUUUCAUUAGGCCUAUGUUUUUGCAAUAUAAAUACUUAGCUAAACCUGUAUUUUACGGUAUGUCCCAAUGCAUUUUCGGAUAUCAUAGCGCUUAUCAUUUAUAGAAUUAAAAAAAUAUAUUAUUUAAUUAAAAAAAUGCUUUAAACAUUGAUCAAGCCACAUUUCCUUUAAUUUGUGAUGUAAAAAUAUGUACAAAUUUAGUGUCUUACUGAAGACCAUUAGACUUCCACUACAUCAUUAAAGUGAGAAAACCGUAGCAACCAACAAUGAUAAUUAACAGCAAUCAAUAAUUAUGAUAUUAAUGAUGAUGAUGAUGAUGAAACCAAACAAAAAAAUAAAUUGUCUGUUUGCCCUUUUUUUUUAAAAUUAUAAAUAUGGGCGGGUGGAAAAAGUUUUUUAUUUAUUUAUUUAUUUAUUUUUUAAGUACUCAUCAAAUGGAAUAAAAAUAGCCCACAGAGGCCUAGAAUGACAAUAUCUUACAUUAGACAGCAACUUUAGUCUAAUUUGUUAGAUUUAAUUUGUGAGUUAGGGGCGGGUGGAGAAGGAGGGCAAACGAACAAUUUUUUUUCAUGGCCUGAUGACGAUGAUGAUGAUGGUUAUAAUGGAGAUGAUGAUGACAAAGGUAAAAAGAGUGCUCCAGGUGAUAUUAAAUAAAGAUAACAAUUAUGAUACCGAA